AUGCUUUGCUCGACAUCACUGAUUUUGAUCACCAUUCCCAACAGAAGUGGUAAACGAAAGCAUCCGUUCGACACAAACACAGAUCACAGACUCGGAAGCAGUGGUGCGGACGUUGACGACGACUCUGGCUUUUGUGGAUCCAAUCUGUCGUCUUCUGUGCACAAAAUGGUCAGAUUUGAUGACGAGAUGCUGCUCUUGAAGGCACUCAUGAAGGAAGUGAACCACGAAGUCAUCGAAUCCAAUGCCUCCCAAUCCCUCACCACUAAGGGUGUCAUGAAAGCCAACAAUCACUUGUAUUCCUCGAGAUCCAAGAAUGGCAAAUACGAGCUCAAGAUUUUGUCACAACCCGAGGAACAGCACAGAGCUCGAUAUCUGACUGAAGGCAGUCGUGGCGCCAUUAAAGACAAGAGUGGUUUGAGUCAUCCCGUCGUCAAACUGUGCGGUUAUACGAAGAGUAAUGUUAAGAUUCAGUGUUUCAUUGGACACGACAAGCAAUUGGGUUCUUCGCACCUCUUCUAUCAGGCGUCGAAGAUAUCGGGCAAGAACUCGACCCGAUGUACGACCAAACGGGUGGACGGAACCACUUUGAUCGUCAUGGAGGCCAACCCUCACAACGACAUGCAGGUGACCGUCGAUUGUGUCGGAAUUCUUAAGGAGCGUAAUGUGGAUGUGGAGCAGAAAUUGACUAAUUUUAAGAACCGAAACGAUGGCGACAAUUGUGGUGCCGUUCCCACUAAAAAGCGGUCGACUCGUUGUCGGCUUGUAUUCAGAGCUCAAAUCCCGGAAACCAAUGAAAUCUUACAAGUUUGCGACUCAAAAGGAGGACAAGAGUUGUUCAUAAUUGGGAAGAACUUCUUAAAGGAUGCAAAAGUUGUUUGGAAGGGAAAAGAUUGGACUAAAGUUGUGGAACCGGAUAAAGAGUAUUUGCAUCCAACACAUAUGGUUAGCGUAAUUCCCAGUUACGAUGGACCGGAACUUAACACUCAGAACUCAAUUGAAGUCUCAUUAAGCGUGAAAAGCGGCGGUAAAUACUCGGACGCACAGAGAUUCACAUUUAUUAUCUCUGAAAAGGCCGUCAACAGCGAUGAGAAAGUGAACCAAAUAUAGCUUUGGAUAGCAUUGUCUGAAUUUGUUAAUUAGCCGCUCAUCAUAGCAUUGAUCGAGUGUCAAUGCAAUGACAUUGUUUAACGGGACGACACAGUUCGCCAACGCUUCCGCACAGAAUCAGGUGUUGGUCUCCAGUUUCGAGAAACCCUUUAUCGUUACAAUGAUUGGGCCCACGAUUGCCACCGGAUUGGACUCGCAGAUGAUCCCUCAAAACAUGUCCUCAACGGUGGCUCCCAUUCCCAUCCACACCGAACCCAUAGAUGCAUUGAAUUCGAAAACUCUUUGCUUUGCGAACGAGAAUUCGAGUUCAGAAUCGGUUCUGUCGAUCAUCUCAGAAGACACGCAAAUGAGUAAUCAUUUCAUGAAUUCAACACCACUUCCCACCGCCCCUCAAGUCAUGCAAAGGUUUGAUCCCAUAAGCGUCAUGUCAUUCGAAGAGACUAUGCAAGAGAUGCCAGACAUUGAGAUGAACACAAGUAUUGGUCAAAAUGUGUUCACAACCGAC